UCCGCUCGCAGGAAGAGAAAGUCAUUAAGCAAAGCAAAGCUUCCACCUAAACCAAACCCGGCCGUGCGCCACCACCAACCCAAACCCGAGCACCCGACCCCCUCCUACUCUGCUCUACUCUCCCCACCACCAAACCCGGCCGCGCGCCACGCCCUCGGGCGGCCGGAGGCAGCCGAUCCACCGAGCUGUCAGCAGCCAGCGAGCGGGAUGCCGGGGCCUGGGGCGCACCUGCUGUACGCGAUGUCCGGCGGGGCGGCGCUGUCGCGGCUCGCCGGACCGGACCGCUUCGGCCCGCACCACUGCGCCGCCUACGCCGCCAACGCCUUCCUCGGCCCGGACCUCGGCUCCUUCGCCGAGUGGCUCUGCUCCUUCCUUCCCUCCUCCGCCUCCGCCUCUGCCGCGGGAGGGCUCGCCAUGGCCACCGUGCACCACCCCUUCUAUUACCCGCUCCUCCUCGGCCUUCCUCUCGCCUGGGCCUACUCCUGGCUCUCCCGCCGGCUGCUCCGCAUGGGCGUCCUCGACGCCCCCGCAGGGGUUGCACUAAACAAGAGGCAGUGUUUCUUGCUUAUCUCGGCUGGCUCGCUGUCCCACUUCUUCUUGGAUCACUUGUUUGAGGAGAACGGCCAUUCGACAAUGUAUACUUGGAUACUGAGCACUGGUUGGUGGAAAGGCCGUGCUCCUAUCAAUCCAGACGCAGUGUUUGUUAUAGGCCUGCUUUGCAUUUGCCUCAUGGGGGGAUUUGUGUACAUUAACAGAGUGAAGUAUGGAAAGUCGGCAACUGAAAACUCAAAUCAAUCUUUCUUUCUCAUCCUGGUGAUAGCCACCCUGUACUGUAUGUGGUGUGCCAGUCAGAUAUACCUGCGGCAUCCCCCACAGCCUGCUAUAGGUGAAGAGGCUGAUCUUGGAGUGAUAAUUUUUCUCGCCAUUUACCUUUUUCUCCCACAUGUGUUAUGCGUCUUUUCGAUGAACCAAAAGGAUUAUACUGAAGCGUUGAAUGAACUGCCACUCUGAUAUUGUGCAUUAUUGUUGUGCACUUUUCUCGCCAUCUGUGCAGAAGAUCACUUCGUAGUUGUCUAGUUUUGGCUUUAUCUUGUAAAUUUAAUUGCUAGUUGGAUGGUUUCUUGUGCAACUAUGUAUAUCCCUGUAACCCUUGUGGCUGAAAACAUAUUUCUUGAAGGAAUAAAGGGAUUUAAUAUUGUAUUA